AUGUGGAAGUUCCUACUGACACUAGGACCUUUGCUGCUCGGAAAGCCCCUAAAACAAUUGACGGAAAAUUGGAAGCCCGAAGGCAUAGAAACGCAAUCUGGUGGAGUGCUGGGCAGUUCGUUGGAUUACGCUGCAGCUUUGAUGCUGGCUGCUAUGGCGGCCGUGCUACUCGCCGCUGUGGGGUACCAGUGUGCUGCUACAUGGAGGUGGCUGAUGGGCAGAAGCCGACGCAAUUCUCAGGACAGCAAUUGUGAUUCCCUCUCCCGACAGGCGGCGAUACGAAUUAGUCACUCUCUCCCCGACCUACAAACAGAGCCCUUGAAAGAGGAGUAUGUUCAGGAACACAAAGAUACAGCUAAAAAAGUAAGUAUCUAA